AGGUUAUGUACGGACUGUGUCACUGGCAUUUUGUAUUUGUUUUGAAAUUUUGACUUGAUUCUAAAGGACUCUUGAUGGAACUGUGGAUGUGAUACUAAUUUGGAUACUCAGAGUUCCAUUGAUAUUAUAAUGAAAAAUUUAUGAAAAUGACCGAUAAAAAAGUUCUUCAGGAAUACACCCUCGACCAAGACCAAGAACUCCGGUUUGAGGUAGAAUCUAAGACUGAUAAAGUAUAUUUAACUUUGAAAAGUGGAAUAGCUGAAGUAUUUGGUACUGAAAUAGUGAAAGGAAAAACUUAUGAGUUCACUGCAGGUGCCAAAAUCGCUGUAUAUACAUGGCAUGGAUGUGUUCUUGAAGUGAAAGGUAAAACUGAUGUUAUUUACACAGCUAAAGAAACUCCAAUGGUCAUCUAUUCAAAUUGUCAUGGGGCACUGGAAUUCAUGAGAAUUGAAGCUGAAAAAGACAAUAAAAGGGGGCCCAUAGCUAUGCUUGUGGGGCCUACAGAUGUUGGGAAGUCAACAAUCAGUAGAAUACUCUUGAAUUAUGCUGUGCGAAUGGGUAGGCGCCCGAUUUUUGUAGAUCUGGAUGUAGGACAAGGACAAGUUUCAAUACCAGGCACUGUAGGAGCUCUAAUGAUUGAGCGACCUGCUGCAAUAGAUGAAGGUUUCUCUCAGGAAGCUCCACUUGUGUAUAAUUUUGGACAUAAAACUCCUCAUGCAAACAGUACUUUAUUUCAUAUCCUAGUGGAACAGCUUGCUACUACAGUGAAAGAACGUUUGGAAGUCAAUAAGAGAACUAGAGCAUCAGGAGUCAUUAUCAAUACCUGUGGCUGGACUAAAGCUGAAGGAUAUAAACAACUAUUAGGCUCAGCAAAGGCUUUUGAAGUGGAUGUGAUAAUGGUUCUAGAUCAAGAGAGGCUCUAUAAUGAAUUAGUCAGAGAUCUGCCAAAUUUUGUUAAAGUUGUAUUCUUACCUAAAAGUGGUGGUGUAGUAGAAAGAUCAAAAAGCAUAAGAUCAGAAGCAAGGGACCAAAGGAUAAGGGAAUACUUCUAUGGCACUGUGAGAAACUCUUUGUAUCCCCAUUCAUUUGAUGUGAAAUUCUCUGAAGUGAAAAUAUGCAAAAUUGGGGCUCCAGCAUUACCUGAUUCUUGUUUACCUCUUGGUAUGAAGGCAGAUGAUCAUAUGACUAAGCUGGUUGUACUCACACCUAAUGCUGGGCUUCUGCAUCACAUUCUAGCUGUUAGUUUUUCAGAAAAAGAGGAAGAGGUGAUCACAUCUCAUGUUGCUGGCUUUGUUUGUGUGACAAAUGUGGAUGCAGAAAGACAAAUACUGACCAUCUUAUCACCUCAGCCCAAGCCAUUACCUAAUAAUAUCUUGGUUCUUUCUGAACUUCAGUUUAUGGAUACACACUGAAAUUUGUUUGACUAUUCCCAAUAUAUUCUUGAUAAUGAAAUAUUACUUUCCUCAUUUUUUCAUGUAUAUAAACCUUCCUAUCUACUUAUUCAAUCAAAUUGAAAAACAGAUUGAUAAUAUGUUAUUUUAAUGAAAAAAUUAUAAAAAA